AUGAAUCACCCUCAGCUUUAUCUGCCCGAGCCCUUUAAGGUUGCCUACGGAAAAGUUGGCCAGUACCGAAGAUCUCAGCAAUCCAGAAGGAAAAAUGGCCCUUUCAAAAGGACGGGGAUUGAAAGAUGGCAUAGAGCUGUAUCUACCAAUUUGGUAAAACAAAGUGUACUGGUCCCCAAAGAGGACUUGUCCAGUGAUAGUGACAUGGAAUUUCAUAAAAGCCAGCAAAAUAAGAAAAAAAAUGUGAUGAAGAAGAUGAAGACUGCUUUUGGAAGGAUGCUAUCAUACAAGCACAGAAGCAAGCCAGCAAGGGUCAGCAGAGAGGGCUCCACUAACCAUAAGGAAACCCUUCUUUCAAAUAUGCAGAGUCUUCUUCCUAGAAUUGUCAAGGAGCUCCCAUCUCCCAAGUUGUUUACCAAACCAAGAAUGAGAAAGCUCUCACAGAAUGCAACUAUACAAGUUGAUGUUGUAGAAGCAGAGACAGAGGAGAUAACCCGAGGAAAUACACUCCUUCGGGCUAGGAGAACUACCAAGAGGUUGUCUGUGACAUCCCUUCCAUCAGGACUGCAAAAGGUUCCCUUUUCAUCAAAAAAGAGAUCACGCUUCCCAGCACUUAAAAAAAAGAAACAUAGUAUGAAAAACAGUCUCCGAAAAUCAGAUUUGACAGUAGGAAAGCUUCAAAUGCAGGUGGAUGAGCUCAUAGAAACAGUGACUGAAAAAUCCAUGAAGCUGUUGGCCCAAAGACAUGCUGAGCUUCAGCAGUGCAAGUUUCUAGGGGAUGAAAUUCUUCAGUCUUCUAAGCAGUUCCAGAGGAUAUCCAAGCGAACCAUGAGGAAGUAUAAAUUGAAAAAUGCGUGUUUCCCAUGUACCUGCUGCUGCUUCUAAUUUUGUUCCUGACUGUAUAAAAGUUAUCUUCAUAGUGAUUCUUAUCUUUUGGUACAUAAUCCUGAA